AUGGCGACCUCCGGCGAGGGGCGUCCGUCAUCAGAGCCAGGCGCGGACUCGGAUACGGGCGGUGCGAGCUCCUCCAACCGCGGCGCCGCGCUCAACGAUCUCAUCCUCUGGCUACUCAGAGACGGCCGCGUGGCCAACCUGGUGGCCCUGGCCGUCGCCAACGCGCUGGUGGCGGGGGGGAUUCGAAGCGUGGAAGCGCUGCAUGCCGCCAAGGCCGACCGCAUCCGCGCCUGCCUUCCAGAUGCGGGCAUGCGCAGGGUGGUGGGCCGUGCUCUGAGCCGAUCCCGCAAGCAGCAACAAGACCGCGCGGAAAAGGGGAACACGGAAAGCGUAGUUUGUCAGAAAAAUGAGUGCAUGGAAAAUGGGGAUUGUCAGAGAGAGGAUGGUGCGGAAAAAAGGGGCGCAGAAAACGUGGGUUUUCAGGGAAAAGAGAGCGCAGAAAAUGGGGAUGCUCAGAAGAGAGAGCGAACGGAAAAUGGGGCUGAGGAAGGGGUGGUUAGGAGCGCGAAGAGGCGGCGGAAGGCGCAGGACGGGGGCAGGAAGGCGGAUGGUCCGCCCAAGGGGACCGGGGACAGGGGGCCAAUUCGAGUGAAUCGGUCUCCGGUGCUGAUCUUGUGGGCGGCUGUCGCGGGGGAGCGGCUGGGGAUGGACUGGAGCGAGGCGCUGUCGGUGGGGGGAGGUGUGGCGUCGGUGUGCGCCCAGGCCAAAGGCAGGCGGCUGGGACUCAAGCAUGGGGGUGAGGGGCCUAUUGACGGGAGCCAAGGGCAAGGGCAAGCUCAAAUUCGCAUUCUGGGAAUUGAGAUUGUCGUGAGGGAGACGGGGGAGGGGCUCAGGGCGGUGGAUGGGGAUGGCGUGGUGCAGCCGAGGUAUGUUUAUGAUCGGCUGAGAAGGGCCUUUGGGGAGAGAUUUGGGGAUGUUUACGAGGUGAUGAUGGGUUUGGCUGGGGCAUUGGACUCUGGGGAGCUUGAGGGCAGGAGGGGGUUUGAAAUGUAUGAGAGAUUCAGGCCGGGCGUGCCGGAGGGCCGGGCGGGGUGGGGCGCGGCCGGGGAGCUGAGCCUGGAGGAGGUGGGGAGGAUGGCGGGGGAGCAGGAGGGCAGGAUGCUGGAGGAGGCGGAGGGGAGGGUGGCCGCAGCGGUGGCCAGCAGGAAGGACGGUGCGACGGUUGGGGAAGUGGCGGUAGAGGUGCGGAUGGAUGUGGGCGUGGUGGGGCGGUGCCUUGAGGGUCUGCAGGCCAGGGGGGAGGUGUACUGCAGCCAGGACAGGUUCAUGGUGCUGUAG